CGUUUAUGUAAUAAAUUGAUAUUCAUUGUGAAUUUCUUAUAUUCUUUGAAUUUAUAUAAUGAAAGUGUCAAAGUUUUAUUUUAUUACCACCAGAAAUUUGCGACAUAAAGUGUCCUUUGAAAAUGAUUUUUAGAUGAAACGCUGACUUUACUCUUGUCACGGAGUAGGCUAUUGGCCAAUAAGAAUCUAGCUUAUGUCGAGAGACGUUGUUUUCUCGCUUGACUAACUAUUUAUUGGAGCGUGCAAUACAGCCGCAAAACGAGCAAGAUGGGGAAUUUAGGACUACAUACUGCAACAUCUGUACCUAUUUUAUCGUUUGGAAGGAUGUAAAUCAUGUUCCUUCGUUCCGAAACUAGGACACUGCGUCUUUGUUGAUGCUUUUACUGACUGGUAAAGAACAGAAGCUGCAUGUUCAAACGUCAUAUGGGUAUCUUUCCUCAACAGCUGAUUUUUUACUCUAUCUUUCACGAAUGACUAUGGCUUCUUUGCAACGUGAACACAGCAUGGAAGUGGACCCACCAUCGUCAGGGCCAGCUAACCACCCAGUUUCUACAGCAAGUGGCGGCUCCCUGAAGCGGUCCAACAGUGCUCCUAUGAUCAAUGUCUUAGUCUCCCAGCCAGAAAUUAGCCCUCCAACCAACACUUUCAAAGUGUCUGAGAGCUCAAGACUCCGGAGAUUCAGCUCCAGCUCGAUGUCGCUGAACCAGCCUGGACCAAGUACACCUGUAAAAAUCCCGGACAGAGUCAACAGGUUGAAAGAUGAAGAAAUUCACAUUGUGGAGAAGGAAAAAGAACAUGAGAGAGAUGUCAGUUCAGCAAUAAAGAUGUCCAGUUCCUGGCAGGAUUUCACCCUGGAGGACCCCCAUGAGGCCAUGUUGCCUGAUCCCCACAGAAGGCCCCGUUCCUUCAGCGAGUCUCUCCAUAUCAAUGUCUUUCCUCAGCCGACCAUGCUGGUUGGAAUGCCUUCUCCCACGAGAGUUGUACACCGUAAGCAAUGUUUCUCACCCUCCAUGCAGAUGCCAGUGAAGAGUAAUUCCUUUACUCCUAGUCCCUCACCAAGCCCAACCAGGAAGUCAUUUAUGAGGAGUUUGAGCCCCAUUGCUGUUCGUCCGAGCCCAGUGGGAAAAAGAAAAUUGGAACCAGACAUGGAGAGCUAUCUCAGUCCUCCCAAGAGAUUCCAGACCGGACCCAGUACUCCAGACCGGAUAAUGGCUCAUCCCCUUGCACACAGCAGUAUAUCGUCAAGUAGUUUAGAAGAUGGAAGUCCGGAGCAACUGGUUCCCCGUGUUGGAAAUGUGUCAGAAAUUCCGCACCCCCCUCCCCACAUGUACGGCUUCAUGCCUCUUAAAGACAAUUCAAAUGACAUGCAGACCACGGAUUCUGAGACGUCAGACAUCACGGAUCAUUCUGCGGAUAUUUCGGAUCAGAGCUCAAUCUCCAUCUCUGGAAGUCCGAGCUCAGGUUUUCAGCCCAUACGACAGACUCAUCACUUAUGACAUAUGGAGUCAGUUUAUUCACAUUACACCUGUAUAUAGUGUCAUCAUCCCAUACGAUUCCUUACUGGCAAAAAAAUAGUCAUUUUUGUAUGCAAGUUUAUGAGGGAAAACGGCAUUAGUGAAAAAAACAUGUUGCUUGUGCCUUUUUGAUGAAGUAGAAUUUUCCCAUUGAUUAAUGUAUAUUGGGUAACUUCGCUGUUGGAAAUAUUUGAGCCGAUUUUUUCCCCCCGCAAAUUUAGAGUUUUCACUUUAUAUUUUGGAUUCUUGUUGAAUUUGGUUCUAUUAUGUUAUACUUGUCUGAAAUUAACAGAAAUGGUUGUUUGGCACUUUUCUUUUUAGCCUUUUUUUUUAUAUACCAAAAAAAUCUACAUUUUCCAGCUUUCCAAAGUUAUCUAAUAUAUACAUAUUAUAAUUUCAUGCAACUUGGGUUAAAGGUUACAUGAUGCUGUAGAUAAGAACUGGAAGUGUAAAACAUAAGGAAUCUGUCAGCCAUUUUGUAUAUAAUGCAUUCAUUCACAUCAUACAAACACUUGAUAGAAAUUAUUUUUUUUCGUAUCUUCAUAUUAUACACGGUACGCUAAAGCUAUGUCUUUCUCUAGCUCAUUGUGUUGUAUAUUUCCACAAAAAAAAGGUUGUCUAGGAAUCGUCAUACAUCAUUGUGUAAAGAAUUUCUUAACAAAGUGCUUCAUGAACACACCAUCAGAUUGAUCGCAGUCCUAUUUAAUCAGUUUGUCUUUGUAUUAAGGUGCAAUGUCCCUUUUGAUAUCGGAGAUAACUAUUGAGAAAUUUGUUUAUUAACAGUUUCUGUCUUUAAUGGGCGAAGCAGAGACCAAAACAACUUGCGGUUUGAUUUUAAUGUGGGUAUAUUACAUUAUGGAUGUCCAGAGGGAUGUUGUCCUUGAUGAGAUUGUUCUCUAACAUUAACUGUGCUUUAACUGACUUGCCUGUUGUCGGAGUUUAUCAUCCAACACCCUUUGAAAACAUUAGAAUUUCUUGCCAAACCCCUCCCCCCCUUUCCUUCUCAAAUCGCCGAUCCCAUCUUCAUUUGAAAUCGAUGACAUUUUAUAUCUUGCUGUAAUCAUAAUUGGCCUACGUAACAGUUUCACAACCCCCUCCAAGACUUAUAUUUAUUUGUUUACCCGAUUAUAAUGAUGUUUAAGUUUCCAAAUUAUAUUGAAACAAAAUCUAGGAGAGUGGGAAUCAAAUGGGGUAGCUUAAUCGCACUGACGGUAGCAUAGCACGAUCACGUUUCAUUGUACAAUGUAUUGACACACAAGACAUUAGAAGGCGUAAAUCUGAAGGAAUUUCAGUGUAUAUAAUUGACACACAAGACAUUAGAAGGCAUAAAUCUAAUUACAGAAGGAAUUUCAUUGUACAGAAUUGACACACAACAAGACAUUAGAAGUCCAAUGUGUAAAUGUCUAUUUAAAACACAAUAUGGUGUGAAUGUGAGAGUGCAUGAUAAUAAACUAAUGUACAUACACAUUGUAUUAGGUGUGAGUGUAUACAGUUGUUUGGUUAUUUAAUAAAUAUGAUGAAGUAUUCAACGUGCUAUUUAAAGUCAUUUAGAAUUCUUUACUUGUAUAUAACAAAAAAACAACUUUCGAUCAUUUUGUUGUAGAGAGGUAGCUUUGAUGCACAGCUGCAUUCUGGGGUAUAAUUAUAGUGUUGUCCAAUUCAUGAAUUCUUCUUUUGGAACUUGUUAUAGUACAUAUGUACGUCAGGGAUUUUCUUAAGCAAGUGAUUUUUUCCUGUGGAGUGUAAAGGGUACAUGAUGUGCUGGAACUCCAUUGAUUGGUCGAUGGAGAACAUCUAUGUUUUAUUGUGUAUGUUAAUAGUUGAGUCACAAUAAGGCCAUAUUGCUUUUGAAAAGCAGGUGCAGUUAACAACUUAAUUUGCUCUCUUUAACUUACUCAUUUAAAUUGCAAGAUACAUAAAGCAUACUGAUUGUUCUCCAAAUCUACAAAAUUUGUUGGGACGAGUUGUUUGUACUAGUAUAACUAAAAGCAAAUAAAUUGAUGCCUGUUAUUGUGGAUAGGCCCACUUCCACUGUGCAUAUGUGUGUGUGAGGGGGGUGGGGGUGGUGGUAAAGUUAUGGACUGUGGUACAAAGAACGUUUGUACGUAGUCCAGUCUUGCCAGCUGCAUUUUAUAUUGAUGACCUUUAUACAACAAAUUGCCAAUGUACUAUAUCGCACCAUUUUGUACAUUUCAAAAAUAUCGUCUCACUGGUUAACAAAUUAUAUCUGUACCAAAGCAAGCUAAGCUCUCCUUUGGAGAUAUGUGAAUCUGAUGUAUGCUCUUUUUGUACAGGUUUAUAUAUGUCCUUUACAGUAUUUGUUAAUAUGUCACAAAAUGUGCAAUCUGUUAAUGAUAUACCAUCAUCUUUACUGUAUUAAAUCAUUAUGUUGUAAAUACUGUGUAAAUAAACAUGUAUGUCUGUUCAGUAAAGAAAUCAGAAUUCAGACAGAG